CUCUCCGCAUCGGUAGGGUUUCGAAUCAUAACGAAACGCGCCGUUUCUCCACCCCAGCAAAUUCUCUCGUCAAAUCUCUCAAUCAGGUUUCGUUUUCUUUAAUGGUUGUUUUGCUGCUGCGUAUUUCUGUGAGUUUUAGAACUGUUGCUAAAUUUGAGAAGAAUCUGUUGUCGCAGAAUGAUUCUUGCAAACUUGUAAACAAAUGGGUAAAGAGGAAAGUCCACAAAUCACUAGAAGAGUGACACGAUUGUCUUCUUCAACUGCCGUCACAAACAAUGAGGUUGAACCAGAAAAAAUAACCAAACCUUAUAAGCCCACACUCAAUGACUUUGUAUCUGGAGGGGAACAACUUAGCUUCAACGAUUUGCUUUCUAGUUUUCCUGCUAGAGGCAAUCAAAUUCGUGAGCUUUUGCGUCUUUUGGGUCCGGUGAAUUCCCCCAUGCUUCCAUUAUUUGUUUAUGGAGAUCCUUCUACUGGGAAAACUAGUACCAUUCUUCAAAUUUUUAGGUACCUCAAUCGCCCUUUUGUGUAUGCUAGCUGUCGUACUUGUUAUAGCCUGCAGAUCUUGUUUGAAUCGGUUUUAAAUCAGUUGUUGCUUCAUAAGAAGAACGCGGCUAAUGGCUAUUCGAGUGCAAAACGCUGUGUUAAGCCAUCUGAUUUUGUCAACUUUCUUCGUGAAGACUUGACAAGUGUUAUUGAAAAGCUCAGGAGUUUGAAGAAAUUGGGUUCAAAUAAGCCGGCUGGAAAGCCUAACGGGAAUAUGCUCUACCUGAUAUUUGAUAACUUGGAGCUUAUUCGUGAGUGGGAUAAAAGUUCGAGUGCAUUACCCUUUAUGUUUAAUCUUUAUGAUGUUUUGAAGAUGCAUGAGGUGGGACUCAUAUUUAUCAGUAAUACUUCACCGGAUACAUACUACUCAAACAUGGGAUAUACAGAGCAUGUUCCUGUUUAUUUUCCUGAAUACACAGAAGAUGAUCUUCGUCAAAUUUUGAUGAAAAACCAAGCUAAUCGAAAGUUAUAUUCCUCCUUUCUCGAUGUUGUCCUGAGACCUUUCUGUAGAUCUACUAGACGAGUGGAUGAAUUAUCAACUGCUUUUUCACCAUUAUUUAGAAAGUAUUGUGAGCCGUUGAGUGAUUUGGCAUCUGUACCCAAUGAAGAGAUGAAGAGAAGGUUGUUUAGUCAUUUUCGGCCACAUAUUGCCCCUUCCUUAAAUGAGAUAUUCUGGGUUCCAUCUAAGUCUUCUACAGAAGCUGAAAUCAACAAGGAUACGAGGCAGAAAGGCAGCACUAGAAAGCCAGAAGUUGGUGACCAUUUUGCUCAGAUAGAUUUCCACAUGUCUACUUCUGCGAAAUAUCUUCUCAUUUCAGCAUUCCUUGCUUCAAGAAACCCAGCUACUCUCGAUGCAUCCUUGUUUGAUUCAACUGGGGGAUCUGAUAGUCGCAAAAGAAAAAGGAAGGCCUCUGAAAAAUCAAUGGAACAGAAGGAAGUUGCUGAACAAGAAUUACUUAUGAAAGGGCCCGGAACUUUCCCUCUGGAGAGGUUAUUAGCUAUAUUUCAGUGUAUAACCUCUGCAGCAGAUUCACUUGAUGAAGAGGAACAUGAAAAUGAUGUCUUGCGAGUUGGAGGGGAUUGUGGACUCAUGUCUGAUGUUCUAUUGCAACUUUCGAGCCUUUGUAAUGCAAACUUUAUUAUCAAAGGAGGAAGCUGCCCUUUGGAGGGUUCAACUCGGUAUAGAUCUACAGUUUCUGAAGAUUUGGCCUUGAAGGUAGCAAGGAACCUGAAGUUCCCUCUGCCAAAUUACUUGUACAGACGAUAAUCUGUGAUGUUGUCUAAAUAGAAGAUAUAUCAAAUAGAAGUGCCUCAGCCUCAGCCGUGCUAGACUAGUUUGUUUAUAUUAAUUUCAGAAACGUAACAUCAGCAUUGUUAAAUGCGUUGGCCGGUCAUCCUAAGAUGUGGGAUCAAUGCAGUUAACCAGUGGUAGAGUCAGAGACAUUUGGAAAAAUUAUUUUCUUAUCAAGCAGCGUAUCAGUUUCUGGGAAAUGAAUGGAUAUUUUGCUCUUAAUUUUGCUCUGUUA